AUGGUCCACCACCAAAGAGUGCGGCUUGCAAACCGGUUGCCAUUGGUGGCUCCAAGAAGGGUUGCUGGGCUCACAUCAACUACAGUGUGCCUGGACUGCCCAGACGUUAGCCACUCAGCUGCGGUGGGCGCUGACCAACGCCCUCGAGCGCGUGCGAUGUUUCGACGCUCCGCCGCGAGAUGUGAUGUAGGCUCAAGGCGCUUGGCGCCAAAGCGAGCUGACCCAGCCACUAUCGGUGGUGCAAUUAAUCUCCAGAUUGAUAUCCGGAGGUCGCCGUCGGCGCUGCUUUGGCACUUCGGGUUGAACGCCUUCCAGUGGCACUUGGCCCAGGUAAAACCACGACGAUGCACAGACACAGAACGCCGGCCGAAGCUAAAUUCACUUAGAGCUUGCACCAAGGCCUUUGCAUUUCUGCGCUUGCCUCAGACUUGCUUGCUUAGCAUGUGUGGCGUGGAUUUUCUGCAAGACAGUUGCAUCACUGGGCCAGGAACUGACUUUUUCGUGGAAACUUGA